AAUUUAAGCCGUCCUACCAAGAUUUGGCCGUGGACACCACGUUACCAUCGGACCAACAUUUACUGGAUACUAUACACGUAAAUAAUUGUCAAAAUAACAAAAAUACAUGUAAAUGUUGACAUGUAAAAAUAUAUCUGAAUGUAUUUCUAGGGAAUUUUCUGUUACAUAUGUUUUAACAAAUUUAAGACGUCUGACCGUGACCAUUUUCGGCCGUAGACACCACGUCGCCGUUAUGACAAUGUUUGCUGGGACAUUGCCUGCUUGCUGGUGUUCAGAGGGACCGGUGGCUACCGGUGUCUUUACAAGCAAAUCUGCAGCUACUUCCUAGGCAUCGUGUUUCAUGUUUUGUUCAAGUUGAGCAUGGAUAGGAUUUGGGGGAACUACUUCUGCCUACAGGUCUGGCAUGCCUAUAAAUGUGAUUGACAAUUCACUAAUGUGGUUGGAUGGAGUUUUUAUCUAAAUACGAGGUGGUGUGGACGCUAAUUUUUAGGAGGACAGCUAUUUGUUUAAAAAAAUGGCUUUGUGUGGACAUGGCCUAAGAAACAACCUUACAAAUAGGAAGCAAGCAGUUUGAAUUUGAAUAACAUUAGCUUUCUAAAUUAAACAAGAAGUACAAGGAUGCUAAACUUAUGCUCAAAAGAGGACACAGCAACUUCUCCCCAGCAACACUAGCCAGCUACCCCUGGGGAAUUCAAGACAACUAUAAACGUAAAAGGCUAAAGGUGUGUGUUACCUUUUCAGGAUCAAGUUAUAUGUUAAAUAAUGAGAAAAAUGUAAUUCAAAGCCCAAUUUAGGUGUCUGUGUUCCCACUCACGCCCAUGUGGGGAUGGUGGUAUAAAUGGAGUGAUAUGACGAUUUAGAGCACCACACCAAAUGAAGACAUACACAGGUCAGUCCUCUAUUACCUUUUACAAUAAUGUGGAAGUUUGAUUUUAUUUUCACUAUAUUGUAAGAAAAAAAAUACUCUGCUAUCAUUGCUUUUAUGUUCUUUACACACUAAAUCAAACAAAAGGUUUUUGUGUGUAUUUUUUUAUUUCCUGGGUGGGAUUUUAAAGGUGUCAUUAUUCAGGUUUUAUAAUUACAAGAAUACAGAUUAUGAGGGAGAUCUUUACAAUUUAUGCCAGUUUUUUUCAUCUUGGUAACUUAUUGGAAAUCAAAAGUAGGCUUGUGUAACUCUGCGAGUUUAUGUUUUAUGCUUUUGUAUGUAACGGUUCAGCUGUCAUCUUCAGGAUCUGCAAAAGAAAAAAAAAAACUGCAACAAAAAACCGGCUGUUUUGAAAGGACUAUCUUCUGACACAUUGUGUUCAGGGAGUAACUGGUAUUUACCAUGAUUCUCACGUUAUUGCUGCUUUCUCACAGGUCCACAAUGAAGAGACUGAGGCUGGUCAUCCUCACGUGCCUUUUAUUUCUACAGGCUGAUGCCCGGAUCCCAACGACGUGUAUUACUGAUUUAACUAAUAGAGCUCCAGCAUACACAGACAUAUCUGUGACCUGUGGCACCCAGGACGUGAGCCUGAGCAUCUACCUUUGCCCUAUUUAUUACGCCGACUACAACGAGUCUCUGAUGGUCCUCAAUAACCACAUUAACAACCCUCUGUGUUACGGGACCGCUGACUGGACUGUUUCACCACCAGUUUUGAAAUUUAGUUUCCCUAUAAAUGAUUCCUUUUUCUCAAGCUGUGGUAUCAUAUAUCAGAUAACUACUCAGGCUGGAACUGGACAGUGGGCAGAUUUCUCAAAUGUCCAGACUGUGAACAUCUCCGGCAUGGUUACAGCUGUCGACCCUUCUGUAGAUGUUAUCAGCUAUCGCCAGCAGAUCCUCUACAAGUUCUCCUGUGCUUACCCGCUGCAGUACCUGCUCAACAACACUGAAGUCACAGUAUCAGGAGCAAAUGUUGCCAUAAGAGACGAAAAUGCCACCUUCACUAGUACCCUGAGCAUGCAGCUUUACAAAGACAAGCUGUAUAAAGAGGUGCUAAUAAUUCCACCGACUGGACUCAAAGUCAUGAGUAGAAUUUAUGUUAAGGUUGACGCUACUAAUUUAACAGCAAAGUUCAAUGUAAUGCUGGAUAGAUGCUUUACCACAACAAAUCCAUCUCCCAUGCAUGUGGUCUAUCAUGAUCUCUUUGUGGGUUGUACGUGUGAUCAACGAACUAAGGUGGUGUGCAACGGGGUUUCACAAACAGCACACUUUAACUUUGAGACCUUCAGAUUCGUGGAGCAAAUAAACCAGACAAUUUCUACUUUCUACGUGCACUGCACCACGAGACUCUGUGAUGUCGCCACAUGCAGAGAUUUAAUGCCUGACUGUAAUGCGACUGCAGGCAGAAGAAAGAGGGCAGCAGCUGAGGAUGUUCCGACCAGUACUACAAUCUCUUCUCGAGCUAUCCAUGUGAGCGCGGAGGGUGUUGGUGAGACUGGAACUUCCACGACCACUCUAGCGGAAUUACCUUGGCUGACUUAUUCCCUUUUUGAGGUGGCCAUCAUUGUCUGCAUCGUCAUUCUCGUUGCUUUCAUGGUCGCCCUGACUGCUUACAGCGUGUUGCACGUAAGACGAAGAAAACAACUCAAGGGACAAAAUCACUUGACUUAGAGGGAAGUCCUUUUUACUCCAUCUUCAUAUCACAAUUCUUCAACAGCUAUAAACAGAGGUCCACAUCCUUUUUUUUUUUUUGCAAGGAAGUAGUCAAUUAUUACACUGCUUGGUUUUGCACAUUGUCUUUUUGUGUAAUACAUUUCUCACCCUCCUUCAUAAUUGAAAAACACGACAGAUACACAUUUUUGGUGGGUUGGGGGUUGUAGGAAGGUGAGUUCACCAAAAGUAUACAAAGGAGCGUAAAUACAAAUGAACUGUUAUGCAUGCAUUAUCUCUGAGACACAUGCACACCACUUAUGUGCACCCUUGUCUGCAGUAUAAAGCAUGAAAGCAUAACUUAACAUAGUAAAAAAUUUGUGCAUGAAUGAAUAUAAAGCACAGUUUAUUAAAGAAGACAUAUUGUGCAGAACUCACGUGCAUCAUUUUGUGUUGACAUGUAGCUUUCUACUGCCUCUAUAAUCCAAAAGGGUUGAAAUGAAAGCAACUGGACUUCUUUGGUUUCUAGAAGACGUUGACAAAGCUCCUCAGAUGAGAAGCAAAACAACAUCAAGACGUUGCCUUCAUUUGAACCCUUUUGGAUUACCAUGACCUUGAUGACUGAGAAUCUUCACCAACAUACUGCCUCUAUAACCACUCUAAACUUGAAGAACUAAACAUUCAUCUGUUUCUUUAAUGAAUUAUUUGCCUGAAAGAAGCCAUUUCAAAAUGUCCCCAUUUGUGACAUCACAAAUGGGAAAAGUUGCAUAUAACCUCCUGCUGUUGAACGAGCAGUGGCUCUACUCUGAGCCCCUCCUAUAACAGCCCGGGGUGGG